AUGAAAGAAAAAUUACUUUAUAAAAUUCCUUUAAUAAAUAUUGAGAAUUAUAAGAAAAUUGAUUUUGAAAGGAGCAAGAAACUGAUAAUAUGUAUAAAAAGUGAUAUUUCUAGUGAUUCAUGCAUAGACAGAAAAAAUAUUUCCUUCGUAAGCAUUUUUAUUUUCUUGCUCUUCUUUUGCUAUAGAGCAUUCUAUUAUUCGUAG